AUGAAAAGUCCAUGGACGGAGCAGCCUGCCGUGUUUCAUCUUUUUCUUUUUUCCUCUCUCUUCUCUUUCGCUCUCUUGGGGUUUUUUUUUUUUUUUUCAUUUCUUGAUGGAUGCCUUACCAAGGUUACUCCUGCGAGGAAAGGAGAGAAGCGCUUGUUGCGACGGACCUUGAUUGUUGGUUCUGCCUCUUCCGUCCCCCUUUUUUUGAUUGUUGCAAUUAUUACCUUGCAGCUCUAUUUUUCUUUCCCUGGCUUUAUUUCUUUCUUUCAGCUUCGUCAGCUAUUAAAACAAGCAAUACCAGACAGCUAUCAGUCCAAUCUAUCAAUCAAUAUAUUCGUCAGCUCGUUUGAUCGUCAAGAACCUUCAUUUGCAAGACGUGUCAUUUCUAUCAACCAAUAUCAACUGGGCAGGAUCCCUUCCAUCUACCAAAUAUCUUUAGCCAAUACCACGGCCACCGCCAAAAAAUACACAUCGACAAUGGCUUCAACCAUGACCCGGCCUGCUCAUUCCUCGUUGCCGCAUACCAUGCAUCCUUUCCCGAGCACUGGUGCCGACUCAACUAGCCCAUCUACCAAACAGCUCUCGGUCUCAACACUCAGCCUCGACAUCCAGCGAGCCAUGCAAUCAUCCUCCAGCCAGCCAAAGUACAUCUCUGCCGGCAACAAUGACUUCGAGCACCCACCUCCACCUCCUCCAUCGCCAGUCGGCUUUCCCUCCGGCUCGACUAGCUGGAGGUAG